GCUCAAAAACAAAGAAGACAGGUAGGGAUGACUAACGUUCUUACCAUUGUAACCUUUACUGAUAUCUUUAACUUGAAGGACUUGGCAGUAGAACAGAGUUUUGCGAUGAGUCUAACGACUGUCGACCCACACCAUCAACUACGUUUAGUAGCGGAGAAGCUUUGCGCCCGUGUAGAACGUCGCUAUGAGAAACGUCUUCUUCAGCAACGGGAACAAGACCGUGCAGAUAUUGAUCUUAAGUUGGCUGAUAUUCGUGCAGAGUACUCAGAACAAUAUUCAAGGUAUUCAUUGCAGCUAGAGAGGGAAAAGGCACGGCUUGAGGAGCAAUUUGCACAAAAGGAUCGCGCUCUUCGGCUAAAUUUCAGUGGUCUAGAAGCAUUUUACUUCUGCAUUGUUAAGGAGAAGGAGAGCGCACUUGAAAUCACGAGGAGGUCAUUGGAAACUCGUCUUACAGAACUCAUGCUAAGCAAAGAACAAUUAGACCGCGUAAAAGCCGAGUUUCAUGCGUGGGUAUCGUGGAUAUUAGUGAAAUCUUAUCGAGAACUGUUGUAUGUUUAG